GUUCAUUGGUUCAUUGUUCCUGAUGCAGUGUUGGGACGGACACGGAAGCGGAAGUGGGCUUCAGAGCACAUUUGUCCUGCCGCACGGACGUGGGUCUAACAGUAAAAAUGGUUUUAAAAGAAAUCCCAACAGAUUCUUUAACUCGCCCUCUGUCACGCAACGAAAUAGUUGGUUUAAUUUUUCGUCUGACAAUAUUUGGUGCAGUAACAUACUACACUAUCAAAUGGAUGGUAGAUGCCAUUGAUCCAACAAGAAAACAAAAACUGGAAGCGCAGAAGCAGGCAGAAAGACUAAUGAAGCAGAUUGGCGUAAAAAAUGUCAAGCUUUCCGAAUAUGAGAUGAACAUUGCAGCCCAUCUAGUGGACCCCCUGAGUAUGCAAGUUACUUGGGAUGACGUUGCUGGCUUGGAUGAAGUCAUUUCAGAGCUCAAGGACACCGUGUUAUUACCCAUUCAGAAAAGGCACCUAUUUGAAGGUUCAAGACUGCUGCAGCCUCCAAAAGGUGUGCUCCUAUUUGGACCUCCAGGCUGUGGAAAAACACUUAUUGCCAAGGCUACUGCCAAAGAAGCAGGUUGUCGGUUCAUUAAUCUACAGCCUUCCACCCUGACAGAUAAAUGGUAUGGGGAAUCCCAAAAACUGGCUGCAGCUGUUUUCUCAUUGGCUGUCAAACUGCAACCUGCUAUUGUCUUUAUUGAUGAAAUUGAUUCUUUUCUACGAAAUCGGUCCAGCUCUGAUCAUGAAGCUACAGCAAUGAUGAAAGCUCAAUUUAUGAGCCUCUGGGAUGGCCUUGAUACAGACUUUAACUGUCAGGUAAUCGUGAUGGGUGCCACUAACAGACCACAAGAUCUUGACUCUGCCAUUAUGCGAAGGAUGCCAACAAGGUUUCACAUAGGACAGCCUAAUACCAGUCAACGGAAAUCAAUCCUAAAUUUAAUUCUACGAAAUGAAGAGGUGGACCGAAAUUUGGACUUGAAUGAAGUUGCCAGGGAAACUGAAGGCUUUUCAGGGAGUGACCUGAAAGAACUCUGUCGAGAUGCUGCCAUGUUUUGUGUCCGGGAUUAUGUACAUGGCUCCGAUGAGGAAAGUAAUAGGGACAGGCUUCGACCCAUCAAACAGCAGGACCUCAAAAGAGCAAUACUGAAGAUGCGAAAAUCUAAAGGAGUCAAUGAUUUGAGCGAGUUUCAAGACGAUGUCAGUACAGAUUGAGGAUAUACUUGCCUGCCUAGUUACCAAGAAGGACAAAUUAAGCUGCAUUUUUACUGGAUGACUUGGCUGAAUGAUGGCAAAUUUCUAUGCUAAAUUUGGGGGAUAGAUAAGAGGGUUGGUGGAUGUGGGGAAGGGUUUUUCUAAUUGUAAUUCUGUGAAUUUAGUAUCACCCAUCAAGUGUAGUUCUUUUGGGUCCAUAUUCACAGAAAAAAAUUUGUACUGAAAUAUUUGUGUAAUUUGACUGAGGCUUGUGCAGAUACAUAUAUUAGAAAUUUCUGUAUAUUGGUUUCAAAUUGUGAAUGCAUUAGUAUCAUUGUUUAAGAUUUAAUAUUGGAAGUAAACUACUUCAAUGAUAUGAAUACUUCAGCAAAAGCUCAUAUGGCUUUGUAAGACAAAACAAAAGUACUAUGCUGACUGACUGCACUGCAAUCUGCAUCAUUUAAUAAUGAAUCUAAAAGCACUUAAGAGCUCUAAAAACUGAAUAAGUAAUAUAAAGGAACUACUCAAAGUAGUUUCUGACAUUUUGGUUGAGCCAUAGCCAUGUUUUUUUAAAUUUAAUUAUAAACUAGGGUGGUUAUGCUUUUUAAAUAAAUUUUUUUUAUUUUAUGGGUUCAGUGUAAAUAAAUGUCUAAUGCCUGUCACAUUUUGUAUGCUUUCUGUUCAUUAUUAUUUGAUGUAAUAGAGUUGCUUCUGAAAUAAUAAGAUACCUGACUAGCUUUGUUGAUAACAACUUUUCUUUAAAAACUUUGUAUAUAAUAAUAUGUGCCCUUGCACAUCAAAACUGAAAUAUCUCUACAGGAGCACAAAUAGACAAUAUUGUUAUAUGUAUUUAUGAAAAGAUAUUCAAAGUUGCAAUUUUUUUCAUUGCAAGAGAAAUAAGUAAGGAAUAUCUGAUGGAUCUUUUCAAAACAAAAUGAAGGAUUAAGUUUGCCAUUUGACUGAUUAAUAACAAAGGGAGUACAUAGUUACAAUUAACAGAAUAAUUAGAGAUGUUUGUCAAAUCUUUUUCAUAUUAGUCACUACCUCUGGUCAUUAGAACCGAGACUCCAUUGCCAUAAAUGACUGUAGGGACAGAUAAUGUUAUUAAUAAAUGUUUGAGAAGAAUCCAAUUGCAUAUAGCAGAAGAUCUGGCAAAAAUAUUUAUGGUAGUGUCUUUUUGAAGAGCUUGCCCCAAAUCAUUCUCUGUUGCUUUAGUCCACUGUAAAUUGGCCAAAUUCAAUAGAAUGUGUUUAAUUCAAAUUUUAUUUGGUGGGGUAUUUUUACCACAAAUGUUUUAAAAAAACAAAACAGUUGCUGUACUAUUAUUUGAGACUAGUUCCCAGUAAUGGUAAAUGGUUGCAUAGUUUCACACAUUCUCGCCUUGAUUCAUCUUCAGUUUCAAUGACCUCAACAUUUUCAAGUUUCAAUCUUGAAGGCAAAGACAUUGGUUAUAUUUUUUGGUUUAAAAUUAAGUUUUUUUUCUAUUCUGUAAUUUAUUAUCAUUAUUAAAUUGCUAGUCAUUUCAAAUGUGGCUUAUUAUAGGUUUCUGUCCAGUCUCUAGAAGGAAUAAUGAGUUUGUGUAUAUACAGAUUGAAAAUAUGUAGAAUAGAUGUAGCUGGGUAUAAGUUUCAAUUAGUGCUGAGAUGCACCUCAACCAGUGUUUGACCUAAAAGUAGAAAUUUCUGUCUUCUGAUUUUAAUAGAUAGGAUAAAUCCUAAUUAAAAGUGGCAGCAGUGAACUAUAUAUCCAGUAAAUCUGUAUGAAAUGUUCUUUGUGCUGGUUAAUCUGUGAAUGCAGGUGGCCAGCUGUAGUGACCUGGCCUACAUUAUCUUGUAAAAUGUUGAUAUCCUGUACAUAUAUUUUUGGAGGUGAUUCAUACCUCUGCGUAGGUGCUCAAAACACAGCCCAUAUUCUUUUCCCUCCUGUAACUCUUUGUAAGAUUAUGCAAAUUCAUUGUGUUACUUCCCUCAAAUAGCUUUUCAAAAAACUGUAUUCCAUUGAUUGUCUCAUGUACCUAAACUGUUAAUCUUUUUUCUUGCAAUUUUAAGGUAAAGUGAAAGCUUUGUUCUUUAUAGGAAAUGUUAUUAUAAUCCAGAGUCUUCCUAGCUGUUUGUUUUAUUUUCUUUAUCUCCAAAAGGGACUCAAUUUUAAAAUACAUUCAUCCAUUAUAGGCUGUAUUUCGAAUAACGUGCUAGCAGAAGUUGUUAAAACUGUAGUUGCUGUCUUUGGAUUGUAAAUUCAGUAACCAAAAAUUGGAUUAUACUGUCUGAUAUCUUGCUGGUUCCAACAGUAUGCUAUCUGUAAAUGCAUCUGGAAUGGAGUCUUAAUCUGUAUACAGUAGUAUAGUAUUGUAGUACUACUUGCAGUGAGGUGACAGGUGAAUAUGAUCAAUAUUCCACAUCAUUUUAUCACAAUUCUGGACAAUUGUUGAACCUGAGUUACACUGAUUCAUAUAAAGAGGAAAAUAAAGAUACGGUUUGUAGUUUAUGGGAGGCUUAAUCUGCUUAUUGAAACUGUUACUGGGCUGUUAACAAAAACAAAAAUAUAUGGAAAAAGUAAAAGGAUGAGGUAUUGUAAAUUGCUACAAAUUGACUACAAAUUGCAGUCAGUGCAUGUUUAUAAAUUACUCCUGCAAACUAACAAUCCUUAGCAUUGCUAAACAUACCAGUUAUUAAUGUUUAGGAAUGUUCACUGAUAGAAAAUUAUUAAAUGGGAGCUUCUAUUUAAAUCAUCAAAAGAAUGAAACUGACCAGCUAUUUGGGGAAGAAUAGGUUAUAUUGUACUGAAAGGAAAACUAUACAAUUGGAAAUUAUCCUGUUUCCUUUUGAAAUUCCUGAAUAUAUAAAUACUGCACUGCAGAAAUUGAAAAUAUACCUUGAUUUUGUGAUCAUUUUAUGCAUUUGCUCCUAUAAUAGAAAUUGCUUUAAAGUGUUCCACCUACUAGCAGAUAAUCGUGGCAUUUUUCACAGUGCAAGAGUGCGCACGAUAAGAAUGUUGUGUAACCUUGUGUAUUACACAAUUUAUCUGCUGCUAUUCUUUGAGAAAAAUAAAACAAGUUGCCUAUUGCAA